AAACGUUUCUGCUUGGACUGGAAGGAAAAUGGGGUUUUUGCACAACAAAAAAGAAUUCCGGCGCAGGAAAAUGCUUUACGUACACUUUAAGAGCGUAACAAAAAAUAUUAGGUUUUUCUGUGCGAAUGCGGAAACUUAGUUAUCUAGGGGUAAAUAGUUCAGAGUCCUGCUGUAGAUGUGAAAAUUAACAUACCAUAAAUUAGAAAUAAACACAGGAUCCUAUAUCAAUAGGUGCUCAAAUUAUACGAACGGGUGCAAUAAUAAAAUAAACGUUUCCUUCACGUAUCUAUAUAAGAAAAAUAGUCAAGCUGUAUAAAUACAUAGGAAUGGAGCGAAUGGAAUCGUUGUCGGAUCCAGCGUUGUGUCUUCAAGACUUAGUUACGGGAGUCACAACAUCAUCGGCUGGUAGUGAUUUACACAACGUUCAUCACCUACACGAUUCCGUUGCCACCGCUUCCGUAAGUUCCGCGAUUUCUGGUAUAAUGAGUGGUGCUUCGGCUUCCGUAUUAGGCCAUCACGUUACGUCUCACGAUCCACAUCAUCAUGGAGUGGUCCACCCGCCAAGUUUACACCACGAACCGUUGGAGAAACUUAAACGUGUUUGGGCCGAAACCGGCGAUUUUCGUGACGCCCACUCCGCUAUGUCAGGAUCUGGGGGCAUGGACCAUUCUCAACUUUCAUUUCCAACAACUCCCAGAAACAGAACACGAGACAGAAAAGGUAAUGAAAUUUAA